AAUUGGAAGUAAGAUGGGCAUGUCAAAUUACAUCCCUCAGCUGCACAAAGAUGAGUAGGUAUUGCAGUGCUACGACGAGUAUGGCGACACAGUGAUGGUGGAUAUCAUGGGUCUUGGCCAUGCAUGGAGCUUAACUUGAAGCUCAGAGUUUGAACACAAACCCAAACUGCAAUAGUGGGUGGGUGUCCGGGUGACACAGUGAUGGUGGAUAUCAUGGGUUCAUUGCAAGAAGAAGGCAGAAGGAUGAUUACGCCCGCCGUGCAUGCCCUCCCCAAUGAUUGAACUGCCUCACCUUGGGGCUUUUUAAAAAUAAUCCCUCCUUUGGAUCAAUACGCAGAAGAAGAUGAAGUCCAUGAACAACGCAAACAGCGGCACCAAUAAUGCCUGGUUGGGCUUCUCUCUCUCCCCUCAUAUGAACAUGGAGGUCGCUGCAGCUGAUCACCGAUCCCACUCUUCUACUGACACCUUCUUCGUCGCUCCUCCAUUGACCGGCUCUAGUUUCAUCUAUGGCCUCGGCGAGGGCGGAGGAGGAUUAGGAUACCGCCGCUAUUCUCAGGUCUCCUCCAUUCCACUACUCAAGUCCAAUGGCUCCUCGCUUUGCCUCAUGGAAGCUCUCAGCAGAUCCCAACAACAAGGAAUGGUGGCAUCUCCAUCUCCCAAAUUGGAAGAUUUCUUAGGCUGUGGUCCAAACUUGGGGACCCACAACCGGGAAGCAGCAACGGUCUUAAGCUUGGACUUCAGACACUCUCUCACUUCCUCAGCCUCGCACAUCCUCCAUCACCACUUCCCCCACUACCAAGAUGCCAUCUUUGCUCCGCUCACCAGCCAUGAUGACACGACGUAUCAGGUUCCGAUGGCUGCUUCUGUCGUUCCGGUUGCUACCGUGGGCAAUGGGGAUUUGCAGUCCUUGAGCUUGUCCAUGAGCCCUGUUUCGCAGUCGAGCUGUGUCACGGCUCCACAGCCUUUCGGUCCGGCCAAAGCCACCGACUACGGGAUCUUGGGCCCUACCAAAAAGAGAGGAGGUCAAAAGCACCCUGUUCAUCACCGCAAGUCGAUUGAUACGUUUGGGCAGCGAACGUCUCAGUACAGGGGUGUCACCAGGCACAGGUGGACUGGACGAUAUGAAGCUCAUCUCUGGGACAAUAGUUGCAAAAAAGAAGGGCAAACAAGGAAAGGAAGGCAAGUUUACUUGGGGGGGUAUGAUAUGGAAGAGAAAGCUGCGAGAGCCUAUGAUUUGGCUGCUUUGAAGUAUUGGGGCACAAACACUCAUAUCAACUUCCCGCUGGAAGAUUACCAUGAAGAAAUUGAAGAAAUGAAGAACAUGAGCAGGCAGGAAUAUGUUGCUCAUCUAAGAAGGAAGAGCAGUGGCUUUUCACGUGGAGCAUCGAUAUACCGGGGAGUCACCAGACAUCACCAACAUGGAAGGUGGCAAGCUAGGAUCGGGAGGGUCUCUGGAAAUAAGGAUCUUUAUCUAGGAACCUUCAGUACUCAAGAGGAAGCGGCUGAAGCAUAUGACAUUGCUGCGAUCAAGUUCCGCAGCUUGAAUGCUGUCACAAACUUUAACAUUUCAAGAUAUGAUGUGGAGAAGAUCAUGGCGAGUAGCACUCUUCUAGCUGGCGAACUCGCAAGAAGAAACAAGAACGUAGAGGCCCAUGGUGUUGCUCCAUCAGCUCAGAGUAGCAACCGAGAGUUUGAUUUUACUGCAGAAAACAACACAAGUAGCUCUGAUUGGAAAACCACCCUCUAUCACUGUCAGUCUCCCGACCAGACAUCCCAAGUCUUCGAAGAACAAAACCCGAAACACAUAACUAGCAUUUCUGAAUGCCAAAAUGAACCCUUUGUGAACAACCUUCACAGCCUAGUCUUAGCCAUGGAUAGCUCGGCACAAGGUAUCAAUGAGUCAGGCAAUCUGAACAUCGGACAAGGAUUUAACUCCAUACCACUUGUUACGGGCUCGAGCAACUCUCGAGAAGGAAGUCCCGAUAGGGCAGAUGUUUCCUUGCUCUUCGCCAAGACUCCACCAAAGUUCAUCGGUCAUACACUGAACUCAUGGAUGCCAUCAACACAGCUAAGGCCUGGACUGCCCUUGCCGCACAUGGCAAUGUUUGCCGCUUGGACAGAUGCCUAAAACUCCGUUAGUAAUUCAACUUUUAGGGGAUAUCGAGAAGGGUGCUUUAGGUGGUAACCAUACUUCUUUGUAAUAGAUCGAGAUUGGUGAUCCCGUGGAUCUGGCCUCUGGUCUUCUCCUAGGGGGAAGGAUUUUGCUAUGCCGAGGCUUUGGCACUUGUAGAAUAGCUACUCGAGUUACUGCUUUGGAUGUUAAAAGCUUAUCUAUUGUUUUAUUAAUUGAACUAAGGCUCUACUACAUCGUUUAGUACUA